GGAGCUGCGAAGAAGCAGCAGCCGGAGCGACAGACUGUGGGCUAAGUUUGUCCGCCCUGGCUUCCCAUCACGAGUCUACGGGUCUUUGUUUCUGUGAUGAACAAGUACCUCCGCUUUCGCUUAAAAUUCACACCCAAAGUAGAGGCGUUAGAAACGGUCAAGUGCGCUCGUGACAUUUUGGAUAGUUUGUAGCACAGACAGAGAAACAGGAAAGGAGAGAGGGAGGGAGAAGUGCGAGCGACUCCAAAGUUGACACUUCGCUGUCAUGUUUGGUACUUGUUGAAUAGGCUGUGUACAAACACAACACUGCAGUGUGUACGUGGGCGGCGGCGUGCUGGGAACAGAGUCUUCUGUAUCACCAUGAGGCUUUAAGGGCACAGGGAGGACAGUGAUGGCAGAGCUGGAGAUUGACCAGUCCAACCUUCCACGUGUCCAAGAAGUGUGCCAGUGUUUUGCUGUGCUGGAGGAUGGAGCGCUGGCACACAACCUGCAAGAGCAGGAGAUCGAGCAAUACUAUACCACCAACAUUCUGAAGAGCCAGCUUGUGCAGAAUGACAUCCGUGUAGCCAAGAAGCUGCAGGAUGAAGAGGAGGAGCAGCAGGCCCAGCAGAGUGCCCUUCAGAGACAGGCCUCCAGACAACUAGAGGAGCAGGACUUUGAGUACGCCCGUGUGAUUCAGGAAGAACUCCAGAGAUGUGCUGAGGAGGCUCAGAGGAGGGAGCUGGAUGAUGAGAUGAUCAGGAGAGCAUCCAAACUUGGCACACAGGAAAUUGCCAAACGGUUGCAAGAAGAGGAAGAGGAGAGUAUCAGGAGACGAAGUAGAGGGUCAGGGAGCCAUAGUGAAGGCAGCACGAGUGACCCUGCACUGCUAUCCCUACAACAGCACACACACAACAGCGUUUGUCAGGGGGAGGAGCAGUACCCUAGCACCACCACCAGGUGGCGAUCCUCUACUUCUCACUCAGACAUAACUGGGCCUCAGACUAACUCCCCAAGGGGGUUAGCAGCCCAGAAAAAUACAACUUCAUGGUCAAAUCAAGGACACCCCAAUUCCAUUAGGCAAAUUAGGAGUGAAUUGAGAGAGCCUUUGAGUGAAAAUUCAGAUGACUCGGACACAGUUUUCUCUGAACAGCUCUCUGUCUGGUCCCAGAGGCUGAAUGAAAGAUUCAACACUGCACCUGCUCGACAGCGGGCAUCUUUACAUCAGCCACAAGAGAGUAAUUACAGAAGAGUUUACUCUCGUAGAACAUUCUCAGACGAGUUCAGGGAGGAGAGAGAAGAGUGGGACGAGGACUUUUAUGAAAAUGGUGAUCUGAAUGAAAGAAGGCCUAGGAAUCAGGAUAAAGAGAGGAAGUACAGAGAUGAGUAUGAUAUUAGAGGUCAGGAUACAGGCUCUCAGUUCGUCGAGUUUAGAGAAAAGCGAUGCAGUCACAGUGAAUCUGUUCGGCUGCAUGACAGGGAUAGACACAGCAACAGAGACUUUGCAAAGACCUGGAGCUACAAGGACAGCCCUGACAAACACGUCCGUUUUCGAGAUGAUAAGAGGAGCUCUCGCAGGGAGCAGAGUGAAAGCAGCCAAGUGUGGAAGAUGCUGGCCCGUGUCCUCAAAGAGAGGGGUGUUCCUGUGAAGCUUGGUGGCAAUGGGGCGCCACUGCAAAUAAGGCCUCAAAGCAGAGACAGCCAGGUGUUUCAUGGGAGUGAGGUCUCCUGCGGCGACUCCCAACCACAUCAGAGAGCCUUCCACAGAGCUGCUUCCACGAGGCACAGUUUCCAUGGAGAUAUUAGGGAGAGAAAGAGAUUGUCAUACCGAGAGAACAGUGGGAGAGAUCACAGAGAAGACCGAGACAGGCAUCAUGAUAAUGGAGAGAUUUAUGAGAUUAGGAGAAGAGACUCAGACCUUGCUAAAAGAGAAAGACAAGGCAGUAGAAGGUGGAGUAACAAUGAUGAGAGGGGAGAGAGGAAUGUAAAUAAUUACAGAGUCAGGAGGGUAGCAAGCGAGCGGAGGCAUUUACACAGGACCGCAGAAGAAAGCUUAAGCUCAGAGGAGGAGCAAGACGUGGAGAGGAGAGUAAAUGUACCCCGCCGAAGAGCCCCAGGGCGUAGCCAAAGUCUCAGCACCAGCAGCAGGGCUUCAACCAGGGAUAGGUCAAGGCGCACAGCAGCAGGAGCACCACUUCAACCAGAGCUGAGUGAAACUAAUCUGAGCCUGGGGGAGCUGCAGCAGGUUUUAGAAGAUGAAGAACUGGCCCUCAAGCUACAGGAGGAAGAGGAAAAGCUGUUUAGGAGGAACUCUCAGCCUUCUCAACGCUGUCCUAAUCCAGACGGGGACUUCAGAGUAGCACAAGUGGCACAGGAUGAGGAAAUUGCACGAUUCAUGCAGAAAGAAGAAAUUAAAUCAAAGCGUAGAUCUCGUGAGCUGGAAGGGCCUGAGUCUUGGCGUGAGCAUAGGGCGAUGAUAAAUCAUCAUGACAGACGAGCUGCAAGAGAGAGACAGGUCCAACGAGAGAGACUUGACUCAGAGGGACUUCCUUCCCCGACUGAGGACUGCUCUCCAGAGAACCUUCCGCCAAGUCCCACCACCACUACACCAUCAGCGCAGCAGAUUAGAAACAUUGCAGAGGAAUUGGAUCCAACCUUCCAGGCGAGGAGGCAAGGCACAAUGAGCCUCCAAAUGGGACGAAUGGGUCCAGCUACUCAGCCCCUUCCUGUGCCACAGUCAGGUCUAAAUGAAAUGCUUGAGGAGCCUACAUUUAUUCCGCCAACAAAGCGUCAAACAGACAAAUCAGGACGAAGUAAAUCCAAAGAGAAGAAGGAGAACUGCAAGCAACAGUGAUCUCCAACACUGUGUUCUGCUGUAGGCCAUACACCGUUUCUUUUAUAACACUUAAUCAGUUCAGCUAGAGUUCUCAUUGCUUUUUAUUUUAGGGUUAAAACUGACACGAAUAGCAUUCUCUCAGCUGCCCCUACUAGCACUUUUUUUUAGAGCAGUGGAAUAAGGAGACUUUUUAGAUUCUUGAUUAAGUGAUUAAAGACAACAUUUUAAAAUCCUGGCUUUUAUAAAUGCUAAAGGGAAAUGUUGGGUUUGUUAUUGUAUUGUAUUUUAUAUGUAGUUAACCAGUAUACUGUCAGCUGGAUCUCUCAGUCCUCCCCAAGUUGUGCCUACACUUUAUUUACAUUACAAAUACACUAAACCAUCCAAGUAGACUUCUAUGUUCUGCCACCUAGUAUAUAACUUCGUCCCAUUGUCUAAAUCAGAAUCAGAAUACUUUAAUAAUAAAAGAAAUUAAAGAAAUUAUGUCUAAACUAGGUAUAAUGUGGGUAAAAUAAUUAUUUGAACCCAUGGUGAAUUUGUAAGUUUGCUCACUUAUGAAGAUAUGAACAGUUAAUAAUUUUUAUGGUAAUUUUAUUUUAAUGGAGUGAAACAAAAUAUUAACAAAAAUCCAGAAAAAACACAUUAUAUAAAAGUUAUAAAAUGCUUUGCAACUUGAAGCUUCAGUUCCCUCCACAGGCUGGAUUGAGGUCUGGAGACUUGUUAGGCCACACCAUGACUUUAAUAUGCUUCUUCUUUAACCACCCCUUUGUUGCCUUGGCGAUAUGUUUUGAGUGCUUGUCAAAUUGGUAGAUCCAUUCACAACCCCUCUUCAGUGUUCUGGCUGAGGGAAAAAGGUUCUCAUCCAAAACCUUCACAGUACUUGGCCCUGUCCAUUUCCCUGUUAUUGCAGUCAAGUUGUCUGUACUUUUAGCAGGAAAACAGCCCCAAAGCAUAAUAUUUACACCUCCAUACUUGUUGUAAGUAUGGUGUUCUUUGGAUCACACUCAGUUUCUUUACCUCCAAACACAGUAGGUCAAGUUGAUGCCAAAGAAUUAGAUUUUGGCUUCAUCUGACCGUAGCGCUUUCUCCCAUGCCAUUUUUUUUAUUCCACUUCUGAAUAGUCGCACAACUGUUUUUACCUUCUCACUAAGCUUCUUGCUGAUAGUCUUGUAGUCCAUUCCAGCCUUGUGUUAGGUCUACAGUCUGGUCAGUAACUUCCUCUGACAGCUCUUUGGUCUUGUCCAUGGUGGUGAAAACUUUUAAAUUGAUUCUGUGGACAGGUUUGCUUUAUACACAUCAGAUUGCCAGUAUCUGUAAUUGAUUGACGGAUUGUAAUUGCCUGUAUGUGCGUGGAUAUAGGCAAUCUGUGGGAGCCAGAAUUCUGGACUGGUUGUAGAGGAUCAACCGAUCCUCUGUAUUUUUGGUUGAGAUUCUGUCGCUCUCCAUUAAAAUGAAGCUACCAUAAAAAUUAGAGACUGUUAACUUCCUCUUAAGUGAGUAAAUGUACAAAUUCAGCAGGCGAUCAAAUAAUUAUUUCCUCCACUCUAUUUCUUGGGGGAAUCACCAAAAGCAUGUGAACGUUAAUCUUUACAAAGAAAUAGUGACAAGGUAAUCUUGCUUCAAAGCAGUUCUUGUCAUGUUUGCUGUUAUCUAACGACAAUCAAACUAACUUUGUUUACUUUUUAUAGAUGGAAAUCCCAGAAGUUGUAAAACUGGAUCACAUUAACAUAGUGGUAGUGAAAGAAGUCAAAAUUAAAUGUAAUUAUUUCCCACUCAAACGAGGAAGUUCAUUAUACUCUUGCUGACAGCUCAUGGAAUAAAUAAAACUAUAGCUCUCUGCUAUAGCUACAUGAAGCUUAGCUGCUACUAUUACCUUUUGGAGCUUACAACUACAUUUCGCAAUCUCUGAAAUCCAACACCAAAGACAGACUCUGAACUAAGACACUUGCAUGUUUUACCAGGUCACUUUAACACUAUUCCUAAUGCCAAACAGGAAUCUAACAGAAGUGACUGGAAAUAAUUUUGAUGCAUGUAUUACUAUUUAUUGGUCUCUCUUUUAGUUUUGUGUAUGUUGUUCUUGCUGCCACAUUUAAACUCUUUUCUUUACACAACUGAAAUACGACACCAUGACUGCAACUAUUCUGUACAUAAUAAAUACAAUCUUUAUUGCGUGUUCAAAAAUGUGAUGUAAGUACAGUGUAAAAAUACAUAUAAUCAGUUUUAUACAGUACUAUAGACAGCUGAAGACAUUUUAUAGGAAACCACCGUGAGACAAAAUUAUACACUCAAACCAAAAGUACAUGACAUUCAUCAGGUAAUAUUCAGCAGAUAUAAUAAAGUGCUGCAGUCGUAUUAAAA